AUGCCUUCAGACCCCCAAGUUGAGGCUGUUACCGACACUUCUGCCAUGGUGGUUCCCGAACCCGUUCUAUCCACGGGCGAACAACGCCCUGUUUUCACGAUUGACGAUGUGCUCCCUCAUCGCGAAAAGUCCAAGCCUCCUCCAACGACAGUGGCGGCGUUCUCCAAUGCCACUAUGUUCAAAAGCGAGGCCUGUCUGAAGAAACCAAAAUCCAAGAGCUUCGCGCACCGUCUCUCCGAGGAGAGCAAGGCCAGAAAGCCGUCCUCGCUGAAAGGUGCCAUGAACUACUUCCGCCCGGAGACUAUCAGUCUUUGCGGAGGACUGCCUUCCAGCGACUACUUCCCGUUCCAAGAAGUCGGUGCAAAGCUGCCCGUGCCACCCGAGUUUUCGGAAGCCGACUCGAUAUCUUCUGCAAAAUACUUCUCCACCGGCAAACAUGAUGCCAAGGAAGGCAAGUCCCUGUAUGACCUGUCUAUCGCGCUCAACUACGGCCAGUCGAUGGGUCCUGGAGCAUUGCUGCGCUUUCUGACAGAGCAUACGGAGAUCGUCCACAACCCGCCCUACUCUGACUGGGAGAUUUGCAUGACGGUCGGCAGUACUUCGGCUCUCGAAAUGGCUUUUCGAAUGUUUACGGAGCGUGGCCACUAUGUCAUGACUGAAGAAUACAGCUUCAGCUCGGCCAUAGAGACCGUGGCGCCAUUGGGGUGCAAGAUGCUAGGUAUCAAAAUGGACGCUGAAGGCAUGCUGCCCGAUGAUUUGGAUCAUGUGCUCUCCACCUGGGACGAGGCCGCUCGAAGGGCACCAAAACCAUUCUUGGUCUACACGGUGCCGACCGGGCAGAAUCCCACUGCCAGCACGCAGUCGUUGGAACGAAGGAAGCAAAUCUAUGCAGUGGCGGAAAAGCACGACCUCUUCAUCCUCGAAGACGAACCCUACUAUUUCCUACAGAUGGAGCCCUUUAUCUCUGGCACAACGCACUCUGUGCCCUCGCCAUUCAAGCCAGUCCCUGUUGCUGAUUUCUUGUCCAAUCUGGUUCCAUCAUACCUUUCCCUCGACACGUCCGGGCGUGUCCUUCGCCUCGACUCGUUUUCCAAGAUCAUUGCGCCUGGCAGCAGAUGUGGUUGGGUGACAGGUCAGCCUCAGGUCAUCGAGCGCUUUAUCCGACACAGCGAAGUUAGCGUACAGACCCCUGCCGGUUUCACCUUGUCGGUGCUGUACAAUCUACUGGAGCGGAAUUGGGGUCACAAGGGCUUCCUGGAGUGGCUCAUGUUUAUCCGCGCUGAAUACACUCGAAGACGCGACAUAAUUGUCAACGCGUGCGAGGCUCAUCUUCCUACCGAAGUGGCCAGCUGGGUGCCGCCCAAGGCUGGAAUGUUCCACUGGAUCCACGUUGAUAUGAAGCAGCAUCCAUUGUAUAAGUCAAGGACUCGCGACGGAGGUGUUGUCGAUUACGCUACUCUUCAAGAGAUUGAGGAAUCUGUUUUCCUUGCCGCAGUUCAAGAAAAUGUUCUGGUUGCCCGAGGAUCUUGGUUCCGAGCGCAGAGAGGCAGCGAUACAGAGUUGUUCUUUAGGACAACUUUCGCUGCGGCCCCGGCGGAAAAGAUUAUCGAUGCUAUCCGCCGGUUUGGCGAGGCAAUCCGGAAAGAGUUCGGAUUGGAAGAGAAGCAGAACGGACACGCAAAAUGA